GGAGGCCAGAGGCGAUCUCUUCGCUCGUUGAUGGCUACCCGAGAGAGAGAGAGCUCGUCCCCUCUCUUUCUCCUCAGCUCUGAACAAGGUAGAGAGAUAUCGAAAGAGAGGGAAAGCCGCCUACUCUCCCGCUUCACCACCACCAUGCGUUCUCUCUCUCCCUCUCUCCUUCCACCGCCACCAGAAGGCUCCCUUUCAACCAGAAUGAGUUUUCCUUCCCUCUUCUUCCUCAUUCCCUUCCCUUUCGUUUUUUUGCAAGUACAGAGCAAGGAACCACAAAGCUCCCACCCUCGCUCUGUCCCUCUCUCUCUCUCUGUGCAGGGAUUCUUUGUGGAGGACACAUGCCCAAUCCUUACAAAGGUAGAGCAUUUUGUCCAUGCCUGGAGAUUCAUAUGUAGGAGAACAAUAAGGUCGGGGGGGCUGAGCUUAUGACUACACUUUGCUGAUUGCGUUGCCACCGGAAUCCGGUCAACGUCACCGGAGGCACUUGCUUGCAAGACGGAAAACUUUUGAAUCACCAUCAGGCAUCAGCUAUCGAAAAGUGGCUGGAUGUAUCGUGGGCUCAGAGCUUCAACCUUUCUGGUCAAGGUUCUCUGAACGUAGGCAGAACAACAUCGAGACCAAGGUGUAGAGGUCGGAGGAAAACAUGGACAAGUCACUUACUAGUGAUUCUCCGGCGAACAUAAUUGUGGGUUCUCGCGUAUGGAUUGAGGACCCAAAAGAAGCCUGGAUCGACGGCGAAGUUGCCCAAAUAAGCGGCGACAAAGUGACCGUCAACGCUUCCAAUGGCAAAACGGUGGUCACAUCCUUGUCGAAGACGUUUCCCAAGGACAUGGAAGCUCCUCCUGCUGGAGUCGAUGACAUGACCAAGCUAUCUUAUCUGCAUGAGCCUGGUGUCUUGCAGAAUUUAGCCACCAGAUAUGAACUCAAUGAAAUCUAUACAUAUACCGGAAGCAUUUUGAUUGCAAUCAAUCCGUUCCAAAGGCUGCCUCAUUUGUAUGACGUCCAUAUGAUGGAACAGUACAGAGGCGCACCCUUAGGUGAUUUGAGUCCUCAUGUUUUCGCCGUCGCAGAUGCUGCUUUCCGGGCAAUGAUCAACGAGGGGAAAAGUAAUUCGAUUCUGGUCAGUGGAGAGAGUGGUGCUGGUAAAACUGAGACAACAAAGAUGCUUAUGCGCUAUCUUGCCUUUUUGGGAGGGAGAGCUGCCACGGAAGGAAGCACAGUUGAGCAACAAGUUCUUGAGUCAAAUCCAGUGCUUGAAGCAUUCGGCAACGCCAAAACUGUUAGAAACAACAACUCCAGUCGCUUCGGCAAAUUUGUUGAGAUCCAAUUCGACAACAGUGGGAGGAUAUCUGGAGCUGCUAUCAGAACCUACCUUCUCGAAAGAUCGCGUGUUUGCCAAAUUUCAGAUCCUGAACGAAACUACCAUUGCUUUUAUCGUCUCUGUGCUGCACCCUCAGAGAUCGUUGAGAAGUAUAAACUGGGAAAUCCUAAAUCUUUUCAUUACCUGAACCAAUCCAACUGCUAUGAACUUGCUGGUGUGAGUGAUGCACAUGAUUACAUCGCCACGAGGAGAGCUAUGGAUGUUGUUGGUAUCAGUGAGAAGGACCAGGAUGCAAUUUUCAGAGUCAUCGCAGCAAUUCUUCAUCUUGGAAAUAUUGUUUUUGCUAAGGGAAAGGAAAUUGACUCUUCAGUUCUGAAAGACGAUCAAUCUAGAUUUCAUCUCAGCAUGACGGCUGAAUUACUCAUGUGCGAUCCUCAGUCCCUGGAAAAUGCAUUGAUUAAGCGUGUAAUGGUAACUCCAGAGGAAGUCAUCACAAGAACUCUCGAUCCUCUUGGUGCAGCUACUAGCAGAGAUGGUUUAGCAAAGACCAUAUAUUCUCGCCUGUUUGACUGGCUAGUGGACAAGAUAAAUAUGUCAAUUGGGCAAGAUCCAAGUUCAAAACAUCUGAUUGGCGUUCUUGACAUCUAUGGCUUUGAAAGCUUUAAGUUCAACAGCUUUGAACAGUUCUGUAUUAAUUUUACAAAUGAAAAACUGCAGCAACAUUUCAAUCAGCAUGUAUUCAAGAUGGAGCAGGAGGAGUAUAAGAAGGAGGAAAUUAAUUGGAGCUACAUAGAGUUUGUUGAUAACCAAGAUGUCCUCGAUUUAAUUGAGAAGAAACCUGGAGGUAUUGUAGCCCUUCUUGAUGAAGCAUGCAUGUUUCCGAAGUCUACACAUGAGACCUUUGCUCAGAAGCUCUAUCAGACCUUUAAAGCUAACAAGCGCUUUGCCAAACCAAAGCUAUCACAAACUGAUUUUACAAUUUCUCACUAUGCUGGUGAGGUUACGUAUCAAGCUGAUCAGUUUCUUGACAAAAACAAAGAUUAUGUGGUACCUGAGCAUCAGGAAUUAUUGAGUAAUUCAAAAUGUUCUUUUGUUGGAGCACUUUUCCCUCCUAUUCGUGAAGAAUCAUCCAAGUCUGCCAAAUUUUCAUCCAUUGGUUCACGAUUCAAGCUGCAACUUCAAUCUCUGAUGGAAACUCUUAACUCAACAGAACCACACUACAUCCGGUGUGUGAAGCCAAACAAUCUCCUGAAGCCUACCAUAUUUGAAAAUUCUAACGUUAUCCAACAAUUGCGAUGUGGUGGUGUUCUGGAAGCAAUUAGAAUUAGUUGUGCUGGAUAUCCUACUCGUCGAACAUUUUAUGAAUUUCUUCACCGUUUUGGACUUCUUGCAACAGAAGUAUUGGAAGGAAACUAUGAUGAAAAGGUUGCUUGUCAGAAGCUUCUGCAGAAGAACGGGUUGAAAGGGUUUCAGAUAGGAAAAUCAAAGGUGUUCUUGAGGGCUGGUCAAAUGGCUGAGUUAGACGCACGUAGGGCUGAGGUCCUCAAUAGGGCAGCCAAAACUAUUCAACGCCAAAUACGAACACACAUUGCGCGGAAAGAAUUCAUAGCACUACGGGAGGCUACCAUCAUUAUCCAAUCCAUUUGGAGAGGAAAUUUAGCUUGCAAACUCUAUGAACGCAUGCGUAAGGAAUCUGCUGCUCUGAAAAUUCAGAAGAAUUUGAGGAGGCAUAUAGCUAGGAAAGCUUACAUGCAGGAGCAGUUUUCAGCAGUUGUUCUGCAAACUGGCUUAAGGGCAAUGGCAGCUCGCAAUGAAUUCCGUCACAGGAGAAGAACCAAAGCUACAAUAAUUAUACAGGCUCAAUGGCGCUGUCAUAGAGAUUGCUCAUACUAUAUAAAGCUAAAGAGGGCAAUAAUUGUGUCUCAAUGCGCUUGGAGAGGAAGAGUUGCAAGAAGAGAACUUCGGAUGCUCAGGAUGGCUGCAAGAGAAACUGGUGCACUUAGGGAAGCCAAAGACAAGCUUGAGAAGCAAGUGGAAGAGCUUACAUGGCGUCUACAAUUGGAAAAACGCAUGAGGGCAGACUUGGAGGAGUCAAAGGCACAAGAGAUAUCAAAAUUGCAAGCGUCUUUGCAGACUAUGCAAACUACAAUUGAUGAGGCCAAUGCCAUGCUCAUGAAAGAACGAGAAGCUGCACGCAGGGCCAUUGAAGAGGCACCUCCCGUAAUUAAAGAAACACAGGUUAUUGUGGAGGACACCAAAAAAAUUGAGUCGUUAACAGCCGAAGUGGAUGAUCUGAAGGCAUCACUGCAAUCUGAGAAAGAAAAGGCUGAGGAUGCUGAGAAGAGAUUUGCUGAAGCACAAGAAAUUAGCGAACAAAGACGAAAGAAACUAGAAGAAACUGAAGUAAAAGUUACUCAGCUUCAAGAAUCCUUGCACAGGUUAGAGGAAAAAUUAUCCAACUUGGAGUCAGAAAAUCAGGUCUUUCGUCAGCAGGCAUUGUCUAUUUCACCAAACAGCAAGCUUCUCACUGGGCGAUCUAGGUCAAUUGUCCAGAGGAAUGCUGAGAAUGGACACAUAGUGGGCGGUGAUUCAAAAGCAGCCACAGAUUCACAUAGUACCACAUCAAGCCAACUUGAUGCUUCCGAAGUAGAGGACAAGCCACAGAAAUCUCUCAAUGAAAGACAGCAGGAGAAUCAAGAGUUGUUAAUAAAGUGUAUCUCGGAAGACUUGGGUUUCACUGGAAGCAGACCAGUUGCCGCUUGCAUUAUAUACAAAUCCCUUCUGCAAUGGAGGUCAUUCGAAGUUGAGCGAACCAGUGUCUUCGACCGCAUUAUUCAGAAAAUUGGUCAAGCAAUUGAGCCCCAGGACAACAAUGAUGUGUUAGCCUAUUGGUUGUCCAAUGCCUCUACUUUGUUAUUACUGCUUCAACGCACACUAAAAGCAAGUGGCGCAGCUGGCAUGGCUCCCCAGCGCCGGCGAUCAUCAUCAGCUACCUUAUUUGGGAGGAUGACUCAAAGUUUCCGGGGCUUGCCACAUGGCACUAAUCUUUCAUUCAUAAACGGGACUGUGAUCAGUGGAGGAGAUCCUCUAAGGCAAGUUGAAGCCAAAUACCCGGCUUUACUGUUCAAGCAGCAACUUACGGCUUAUGUGGAGAAGAUAUAUGGAAUGAUACGUGAUAAUCUGAAGAAAGAAAUAUCACCGCUGCUUGGACUGUGCAUUCAGGCACCUAGAGCAUCUCGUGCAAGUCUAGUGAAGGGAUCAGCACGUUCACUUGCAAGCUCUGCUGCUCAACAAACUUUAAUUGCCCACUGGCAAGGGAUAGUGAAAGCUCUUGGCAAUUGCCUAAACACAUUGAAAGCCAAUCAUGUGCCUCCAUUUUUAGUGCGAAAGGUUUUCACACAGAUAUUCUCCUUUAUCAAUGUACAGCUGUUCAACAGCCUUCUGUUGAGGCGUGAGUGUUGCUCAUUUAGUAAUGGAGAAUAUGUUAAGGCAGGGUUGGCAGAACUAGAGCAUUGGUGCUACACUGCUACUGAUGAAUAUGCGGGCUCUGCAUGGGAUGAGCUAAAGCAUAUCCGACAGGCAAUUGGUUUUCUGGUUAUACAUCAGAAACCAAAGAAAACACUUGAUGAAAUAAGCCACGAUCUUUGUCCCGUGCUCAGUAUACAGCAGCUGUACAGGAUCAGCACAAUGUAUUGGGAUGAUAAGUAUGGAACGCACAGUUUGUCCUCGGAAGUUAUUUCUAACAUGAGGGUGUUGAUGACUGAGGAUUCAAAUAAUGCUGUGAGCAAUUCUUUCUUGUUGGAUGAUGAUUCCAGCAUUCCCUUCUCGGUGGAUGACAUUUCAAAGUCGAUGGAGCAGAUAGAUAUAUCAGAUGUCGAACCUCCGCAAACGCUUCGCGAGAACUCAGGUUUCGCCUUCUUGUUACCGCGCACAGAGUAGUCUGAUGCUGA